GCGCCUGGCAUUUGGAUAAGUAGUGACAUGUAUAAAAUAUCUGAAAGCAUCACAGAUCUAUCAUCCCGCCUUUCUUUCUCCUUUUUUUUCUCGUUAGAUUUGUUUUCUGUUUCUUUUCAAAAAGUAUUACUCUCAUUAAUCAUAUCAUUAGAGGAUUUUCAGUAAAUAUGUCUCGUUGUAUUUGGGCUCUUCUAUCUUCCAACAACUUUGAGUUUAUGACCACUUCACAUUAUAACAAAUUACAAAGAAUAUCAUUGUUUCAACUAAUACAUCCCGACGAAACAGCACUAGCCAAACAAGACUUUACAAGGUUCCUAGAAUUUAACGCUCUUGGUGGCUCUGUUACAAGAUGUCGUUUAAGGGAUUAUUCCAGACCGAAUUUCAUGCUUUCAUCAAUGACCGAUGCUGAAGAAUGGAUCGUAGUUGAUCUUGUCAUGUAUAUAGCUACGAGCGACCUUGUCUUAGCUUUUUUCCAUCCAGUUCAUAGGAACAAUGUACAAGAUCAUUCUGCAGUGUCUAUAUGUGGGGACCAUACUGAUUUUCAUGUAGAAACAUGUUUAUCAACCUUGAAAGAAGCGCUUUUUGAACAGCAACAAAACCAGCAAAACCUCCACCGAAUACGUUCACCCUCAUUAUCGUCCUCGUCCUCACUAUCUUCUAAUAAUUCUGAAUCACAGCAGCAGCAGCAGCUUGAUAUGAAUAACAGUCCUUUGCCAGCUCAACAAUUAUACCUUAUCAAUAGCAGAACAAGCUCUUUGCUAAUGUCGCUACCUGAACAUUUACGACAAAAUACUCACCAACCGUACAAUCACAGUAAUAAUAUGAAAUUGAAUGAUUUAAUAAUCGACCGCCCAUCCCUAUCGCCAGGAUAUUCUUGUUUUCGCUUCAUACAAUUACCUUAUCGCUCCAAUGCCGUGGGACAACAAGUAAAUAGAUUAUUGAUCGAUUAUGGACCUAUUUCAUUUUUACUCGUUCGUACAGAAAAGAAUUCUCGAUCACUCGCAAUACAGACCUCGUUCUCAGAGACAUUAUCUUCAAGAAGGGUGAAUAAUAAGAGACAUUUAAAUGCGCCAUCGAAUAGAUCACUGCCCUCCAAAUAUAGGAGACGUUCUUUAACACCACCUUUUGCGAUUCCUCAGCAAAAAUACUCGCCUCCACCGCAACAAACUAAUUCGUAUUCUUACACGUCUCCGCCUCCUACAAAUACCGUUGUAGCAUCAUCUUCAUCUAAGGACAACCUUCAACAGCAUUCCUUAUUCCCCACCAUACCAAACAGAAAUAAGCUGUAUAUACCCUCAAGAAAUUAUUGCCAAAAUUGCGGCACAAGCUCCAGUCCAGAAUGGAGAAAGGGUCCAAGUGGUCAUAAAACGCUUUGUAAUGCAUGCGGGCUAAGAUAUUCUCGAUCGCUUGCACGACAAGCAAGGAUAAUCACCAAUAACAAUAACGAUAAACCGACCAAAAGACAUCUUUCUCAAUCUGCAUCGUGCACCUGUUGUCGUCCUGAGGAGCAACAGCAUCACUAUCCAUCUAACUCAUUUCAAGCACCAGCACCAGCACCAGCACCAGCACCAGUAUUUCAAAGCCAGUUUACGCCACAUCAUGGAGAGCAAGCAGCAGUAGUCGAGCCAUUACAAAAACUAGAUGUCAUCAACAAUAAGAAUAGUACAACAAUGAUAUCUUCACAUUACAAUACUCCGUUCGACUACUCCUCAUCGGGAUCUCCUUUUUCAAAGCACCCCUCAUUUAAUAAUAACGCACAUCUUUUACCAACGUCAACGGAAGUUCCGCAACAUCGACAAGAACAACGUUUAUUACCAUCGAUCAUCAAUAGCCAAAGGCGGCAUGAACAGCAUCCUAAGCAUAGUAUCCAAUUUGCUAUCAUUUAA